CCAAGUAUAGCUAAAAAUCUACCAUCAUCGGCAAGAUGCCUCCAGUAAGAACAAAAAGACGGACACUCUCAAGAAGACAGAUUGAAACCCAGCAAGUGUCACCAUCCAGGGGACGACCAAGGCCUAGGAAUCAAAGGAGAACAACGGAUGGCGCUUCCCAAACAUCAACGUCCGCAGCCAUUGUAAAUGUGGCUGCACAACCCGAUUUCGCCAACUCAACAGACGAAUCCAACAACGCAAACGGUUCAGACACUCUUGCAGGUUGUGCAGCGGGACCCAUCCAGCAAUCAACUGCAGAAAACAACAGUCCAACCACUAAUUACCCAGUCCCGUCUAACACCAAUGUAUACACAUUGGGCAGCACACCAAUCAAAAUAACUCCACUGCAAACAUUUUUAGAAACAUACAAAGAGAAAGAAUUUUUGAUAAAUGGUUUUCAAUUUGGUUUUCAAUUACAAUACAAUGGCCCCAGAAGACCCAGAGAAGCUAAGAAUCUAAAAAGUGCAUAUCAGCACCCUGAAAUUGUUCAACAAAAAAUCAACAAAGAAUUAGGUCUUACAAGAAUAGGUGGCCCCUUUCAGCAUCCCCCUUUCCCAACACUUCAGAUUUCACCUCUAGGACUUGUACCUAAAAAAGAUGGGGAUUUCAGACUUAUCCACCACCUAUCAUACCCAGAAAAUGACUCCAUCAAUUAUUACAUAGAUCAAUCAGCUUGUUCAGUUCAUUACUCCCACAUUGAUGAUGCAGCAGGCAUGAUCGCCCUUAUGGGAAAAGGUACAUUGUUAGCUAAAUCAGACAUCAAGUCAGCAUUCAGACUCAUACCUGUCGCCCCCUCCGAUUUUGAUUUGCUAGGUUUUAAAUUUCGUGACGAAUAUUAUUUUGAUAAAAUGAUGCCAUUUGGUGCCUCUAUCAGUCGUGCAGUCUGGGAAAAAUUUGCUACUGCAUUGCACUGGAUAACCCAGAAUAUCUCACGUAACCCAAAUAUCUUGCACUACCUUGACGAUUUCUUAUUCGCAGGCAAAUCACAUUCUCAACAGUGUGCAAACACUCUAUCUGUAUUUCAAAAUAUUUGCCAAGAGUUGGGGGUCCCAAUAGCACAGGAAAAAACCACAACCCCUGCCACAAAUUUAAUAUUCCUGGGUAUAGAACUAGACACAAUAGAAAUGGUAAUGAAACUCCCACAAGACAAGUUGGCCAAUCUUAAACAUACCAUCCAAACUUGUUUGUCUAGCAAAAAGAUCACCCUUCAAUCCCUACAAUCCCUCAUUGGCCUGCUUAAUUUUGCAUGUAAAGUAGUGGCACCUGGGAGAGCAUUCUGCAGGAGGCUAAUCGAUGCAACCAUAGGCAUCCGGAAGCCGCAUCAUAAGUUAAGAGUUACUCUAGAAAUGAAAGCCGACUUGCUAGUUUGGUUGAAAUUCCUACAAAAUUACAAUGGAGUCACUGUAAUAUCAAACAACAUCUGGACAUCAGAUACUUUCUUGCAGCUAUUUACUGACAGCGCUGGGGGGGGGGGGCAAAAUGGGGGGUUCGGAAUCUUUUUCUCUGGGAGUUGGGCUUACUCAAAAUGGCCACAAGAUUGGGUGCAAUCUGAAAUCAUCCGAGAUAUGACAUUUUUGGAAUUGUUCCCAGUAUAUGUUGCAGUUCUGAUCUGGCACGAGUCUCUAGCAAACAAGCGUAUAUUAUUCCACAUAGAUAACAUGGCCGUGGUACAGGUUUUGAACAACUCCACAUCCAAAUCUAACAAAGUAAUGAAAAUUGUCCGAGAAUUGGUCCUUAUUACUCUACAGUACAAUAUCACAAUAAAAGCACAGCAUAUCCCAACUAAACAAAACUCUAUAGCAGACUGUAUUUCUCGUUCACAGUGGACAAAAUUCCACCAGCUGGCACCGGACGCAGAACAGUGGCCCACACAAUUUCCACCCCAGAUAUGGAACAUCUGGUCACCGAAUCAGAACGAUUAAUUCAAAAAUCUAUCUCUCAAAACUCCAAACAGGUUUAUAAUGCAGCCCUUAAAAAAUUCCAUGGCUUUCUCAAAUCAUACAACCUAAAAGAAAUUUGGCCCAUACCUACAGACAUAAUCCUCAACUUUAUUGCUUAUUUGUCAAUACAAGGGCUCUCCGCAAACACAGUCGAACUCUAUGUACGAGCACUUUCCUUUUACCACAAGCUAAAAGGAUUACAGGACACCACUAAGUCAUUUCUUAUAGCCAAAGCACUUGAAGGUCUCAAACGCACAAUAGGUAGAGCAGUGGAUACUCGCUGCCCAAUCACCCGCCCUCUGCUUAGAGAGUUAAUCUUAUCUCUACCCGCAAUAUGCUCCUCACCAUAUGAAGCCACGUUAUUCACGUCUGCAUUUUCACUUGCUUACUUUGGCUUACUCAGGGUAGGGGAAUUUACCAGCACAAACAAAGCGAAGUACUCGCACUGUAUAAAAUUUCAAAAUGUAACAGUACAUAACACACACUCACACAUCAAAGUAACUAUCCCUCACUCAAAGACAGAUCAAAAAGCCCAUAAAACAAUACUCAUCAUUUACAAAGAGUCGGAUACUGUCUUGUGUCCAGUUCGAGCUGUCAGCAGUUAUUCGAAUAUUCGCCCCUCAACAUCACCAUUAGACCCCCUUUUCAUUCACAUCAACCCUUUAACAAGAUAUCAAUUUAACGCAGUCCUUCAGAAAGCCCUUGUCUCUACAGGUAAACAGGGGCAUUUCUGUACCCAUAGUUUCAGAAUAGGGAGGGCAACAGAUAUGGCCCUACAUGGGGUGUCAGAUGAGGUCAUAAAAGCCUCAGGCAGGUGGAAGUCGCAAGUUUACUCCUCUUAUGUCAGAAUGUAAUUAGUUUAUAACAAGUCAAAAAAAAAAAAAAAAAAAAAAAAAAAAAAAAAAAACUUUUUCUAAUCCAAGCAAAGUUUUUCAGGUGUCCUGAAAAACAUUUGGAUAGUGGAAUCCUCAAUCCCUUA